AUGCAUCACGAAAAUACCAACUACUUGAGACAAGCUCCAUCAAAAAUUGCGUUGCCAACUCAUGCUGGGUUAAAUGUUAAUUUAUUUGAAAUAUGUUUGGCCAAUUUCUUUUCAACAUUCCUAGGAAUACGAAAAGGAACUGUUAAAAAGGUUGGCAAAGGUGUGGCCAGAGACGCUGGCAAAGGUGUGGCCGGAGACGCUGGCAAAGGUGUGGCCGGAGACGCUGGCAAAGGUGUGGCCAGAGACGCUGGCAAAGGUGUGGCCAGAGACGCUGGCAAAGCUAAUGCAGAAUCAGAGCCAAUGGGGGCGGGGUUGAUACACCUCUUCUUGGCAACAUUUGACAAGGCGCUAGUUUUAUUCUUGACAAAGUUGGUCUUUUGA